AUGACGUUGCAUGACGUUGCGCUGAGGGGCACACCGGCCUUUGCUCAGGUGACGCUGGAGGAGGAGACAGCACGGCUGAACCGCUUCGAGCAGCGGCUGUGGACGGACCUGGAGCCGGAGGAGGCGCCGGUGGUGCUGGUGGUGGGCACUGAGACGGAGACGGGGCAGGUGGUGCUGAGGAAGCUGAUCACCAGUGGCUACCCCUGCGUAGAGCUGAAGUCGGCGUCAGAAGGGCCCUUGGGACGCCGCCUGUCGGAGGGCACCACCUUCGUGACGGCUGUGGCGCAGACUCGGGACUUCCUGGGCACGCGGGACAACGUCAGCACGGACAAGGCCAAGAAGACGGCUUUGGGCACAGUUCCCGACAGCCUCUACGACGCCGUCGCCGGAGUUGACAAGCUUGUGAUUUGCGACUGUGAUGAUCCCAGCGACGACCAGGGCGAGGUGGUGGGCAACGUCCUCAGAGCCUGGCAGAUCUAUCGCCAGGACUUUGCCGAGAGUCAGCGUGCAUACAGCAGCAAGGUGCAGGUCUUCAACUUCCAGCGGAGCACCGACUUCGAGCUCUGGGAUUUGGAGCGCCAGUACCCCUCGGACAUGUGCUACGGUGUGCAAAGAGCAGGCUGGACCCGGAACGAGCGGGGCACCGCACUCUUCAUCGGUCAGUUCUUCGAGCCGCUGGGCCAGUGCCAGCUGAGAUCGCCGAAGCUGAAGCUCAACUUCUCGCGCUUCGGGGGCAUCAUCCUCUGCGCGUACAACGCGGCAGUGAAGAACAAGUUCUCGUUUUUCGUGCGAACUUCGGACUUCGAGAGAAGCAGAGUGCAGUUCGAGUUCGAGUUUGAGUGUGAGGCCAGCAGCUGGAACUAUGUCCGCAUGCCUUUCAAUGCAAUGAAGGCAGUUCGUACGGACGGCAUGCCGCUGCCAGAGGGCCUUGAAGUGGAGUUUCGCCGAGAAGACGUGGUGCAGAUGGGCAUUUGCUUCCGCACCGAAGGGGAGGAACGGGUCUACAAAGGCGAUCGCUUGAACUACUUCUCUCUGGCCAUUGAUUACAUCAAAGCCUUCCGCUCCCAGAAGGAGCCGCAGGUUGUCUACGUCGGCAGUGCGGAGAGGACAGAGAGAAAAGCGCAUGCGACACAGGCGGAGGGCCAGAGGGGCCCUUACAACGGCCUGUGGACACCGCCCAAGACUUCGGCAGAGGCAGUGCUUCGCAGUGGCCUGGCCUUCACCAUGCUGCGGGUGAACGGGCUCAACGACCACCCGGGCGGGAAGUUCCCGGUGGUCUUGGAGCAGGCGCCUUUGGAACGGCCACACCUUUCCUUUAGCUCCGAGAGCGUGGGCUCCAUUUCAAGGGGCGACGUGGCGGCGCUGCUGGUGUCCGCCAUGUCGGAGCCCAACUGCGUCAACACGGAGAUCAUCGCAGGGGAGCCGAGUGGCACGGAGAGCUCCGUGGAGAUCACCUCCACCCUGCAGGAAAACGUGGGAGGCUACUUGAAGCAGCUGACGCCCAACAAAUGA